AUGAAGGCCACACAAUGGAUGAGCUUAUUCACAGCGUUGGGCGCUGUUUCUGCGUUUAAAGACUGUGUUAAAGUUUCCUACCCCGGCAUCGACGUCGAACACGACGGUUAUGUCGAGCUGAAAGCCACGUUCAACAGCAAGGUGAACCAAUACUCCAGCGCCGGGUGCGUUGGUGAUAACACUCAAUUUAUUGUAUACCAAGUGGCUCCCGGCAUCUUGAAAGACCAGGCGUUUGUUAACGUCCAGGGAGCCCCGGAAUUCGACAUUGCUGAUGCCUGCCACGUUAUCUACAAGGAAGUUAAAGAUGCCGCCGACCUCGACUUGACCGGCUCUAACUGGUUGAUUGAAGAAACUCCUCGGCAUAAAUCAAAGAUGGUAGAAUUGUACCACUACGCCCGUGAUCGGUUGGCUAAAAGAGAGUCGUUCGCCGUUGGUGGCGACGAUGCUGACGAAGCCGAAGCAUUGGCAGCCGAAGUGCUGGCUGACUUUGCUGCCGCGUACCUGUUGUUGCUGGAAGAAGGCGACCAGCCAGUUACCAUCAUGAAGACGGCCCUGGGUGACUCUAAGGUCGAUCUUGGCUCCGGGUUAUUCAGCGAGUACCAGUUCUUUACUCCCGGGUUGUUGACGAUUACUUUCGUGGUGUUGUUUUUGGUAUUCGUUCUUUUCAAUGCUGUUUCGUGGUUGAGCAGUAUCCAAAUUACCUACGCUGCGUUUGAGAAGCAAGUCGAUAUCGACAAGAAGACCGAAUGA